UGAAAUGUAAUAGGAGCUCCGUCACUGUUUCCGGAGUCUUUUCUCAUUCUCUCCCUAAAAAUCCCCCUCACAGACAGAAUUGGAGCGGAGGAAUUCUACCUCUUUUAAAAAAAAGCACUUCGUCUUUCUGUAACAAUUUCAAGCUUUUGUUACAAUGCACGGAAGCCUGAAUAUCGUAUGUGAGCAGAUUGGCACAAACACAAGACAGCAGAUGUUAGCAGUCACAAAUUAAAUUUACCACAAACUCUGCUGUGAUAGACAACAGAUGCCAUCAACGUGUCAUAAAUCAGCUUCAGUUUCAGAGCUCUGUCUGUGGCACUCUUAACCUAAACACCAAUGAAAGCCAGUAAGUAGACUUUUGGAAUCGGCCAGGUGACCAGGGAUACUGAGGGAAUAGGUAAGGAUGACUGCCAACAAGAAUGCCAGCGCUAACCACGCAGCUGGAGCAACCAAAGCAGCUCGUGAGACGAGUACCAGGCGUCAUUCAGUGUGUCCAACCACACUUUCAUUGCCGGUGAGAAGCCCAGCAUACCCAUUAAGUGACAGUGAAGACUCCUAUAGAUCGACUCGCUAUGCUCAUAUUUCAACUCCACGACUGAAUCUGAGGGAUUGUGGUUCAGGAGGAGCAACGCCAAGAAGCAGUUUUCUCCACUCAUGUAGUAUUGAUUCCAAAAGUCCUUUACUGAAAGCUGUGAGUAUUGGAUGCUUAGAUACGCACCUGCCAGGCACCACAGUUGAAGGAAUCCGAGACCAGAAACAAUCGCAGGAAGAAUGUCAAGAGGGGCCAAGUGAUGGGAUAGGCACCCACCAACUUAACCGGAGCACUCUGUCUUUGGCGUCUGCUUCUACCUUCCGGAACCUAUCCUUCAGCAGGGCCACCAUUCGCGCUCAGACUGUUGAUAUUAGGCAGAAGAUUUCAGAAUGGGAAUGCAGAAAGGACAUGCCCCCCAGGCGGAAUCUGAUGCUGGAGAAGAGAAAAGUAGGAGACAGGGCCAGUAGUGAGGGCUGCCCUAGCAUGCUGUCCUCACCGUGCAGUGAGAAGACCUUUGAUCUGACAGGAUUGAAGAGAAUGAGUAGGUCAUUCUCCGAGUGUUCGUACCCCGAGACUGAAGAUGAUGCAUCUGAUAAAGAGUCAUUUGCCAGACAUGAAAGGUUGUUUGGUAAGAACCAACCUUCCAGUUUCUGUAGCAAAGAACAUGCAAAAAAACAGACAUCUGCUGUGUUGAGCAGGAUUCAGAAAAUUGAGCAAGCUCUCAAGGAGAGCCCCAAUAAGGACCUUCCUCAGUUGCCCAGCAGUUGCUAUGGGAAGGAAAGACUGAGGAAAAAGUCUUUCAUGCUAAGUGUGUCAGAGGACAUUAAGGAUCCUGGGAAUACAGCACAGAGAGGGAGUGUUAACUCUGUGUUAACAGAGCCAGAGCCUGAUCCUGUGAUUGAGAAAACUAUGUCAAAGCAGCAGCUUAGUCACAAUUCUGAAAGCUCGUACCACAAACCUGACCCACCGGCUGAAAGUAUGCCCAGCAUUGUGGUGAAUCCUGUGCCAAAGCCAAAACGUACCUUUGAGUACGAAGCAGAUAAAAACCAUAGGAGCUCUCCUAGCAACAGUCUACCUCCAUCCUCAACUCCCACUUCUCCUCCACCUCUCCCAUCAACCCCUGCUCCACCUGUCACCCGGAGGCAGAAAAAGGAUUCAAACCUCCACAGGAAAAUCUAUAACAGGAAAUCCUUUGAAUUUGAAGAUGCUGUAAGUCUUCAGUCAUCCCACUCUCCGUCUCCUACUGAAAAUGGUACAUCCACCUCUCCUCUGGAGGUACACAGCAGAUUCAGUUCAAAAAGCACUUUAGCAGAAGAGAAUGCCUAUGAAGACAUCAUAGAUACACCUAAAGAAAAUCCUUAUGAAGAUGUGGAACUGAAAGGCCGCUACCCUGGCAGAAAACUGCAGCUGUCAUCUGAGAAUUCCCUAGACUCUUUGCACAGGAUGUGGUCCCCUCAGGACAGGAAGUACACUACACCUCCCCAGCUGCCCCCGAAACCCAGCAGUCUGUCAUUGCGUCUGAGUAGUACCAUAGACAGAAAGACUCUUAAACUACCACGACUAUCAAAAAGACACAGCCAUGAUGAUGUGCUGCUUCUGUCCCACCUUAGCGUGCCCUCAUCCCCUACCAGCCUCAAUGAUGACAGCAUGAGCACCACCAGUGAGCUGUUGUCUACUCGCCGGUCCAGGAGGAUCCCUAAGCUUGUUCGGAAAAUUAACGGCAUCUAUAGUGCAAAAAGAGGGAAGAAAAGGCUGAAGAAAUUGUCACUAUCAAAUUUUGAAAAUGCAUCCUUGCGAGAUGAGAACAGUGAGAGUGAGAGCGACUCGGAUGACAGGUUUAAAGCUCACACGCAGCGCUUGGUCCACAUUCAGUCAGUCCUAAAGAAAGCUCCCAGUUACCGCACGUUAGAACGAGAGCUUAUCGAAUGGCAAGAGCGGGAACUCUUUGAAUAUUUUGUGGUGAUAUCACUGAAGAAAAAGCCUUCAAAGAACACAUACAUCCCUGAAGUAUCCUAUCAAUUUCCAAAGCUAGAAAGACCAACAAAGCAAGUCCGUGAAGCAGAAGAACGAUUGAAAGCAAUCCCACAAUUCUGCUUUCCAGAUGCCAAGGACUGGAGCCCAGUGUCAGAUUUUACCAGUGAAACCUUCUCAUUCAUGCUUACUGGGGAAGAUGGUAGUCGGCGAUUUGGUUAUUGCAGGCGAUUGUUACCAAGCGGUAAAGGCCCACGCUUACCGGAGGUUUAUUGUGUCAUCAGUCGUCUGGGCUGCUUCACCCUCUUUUCAAAGAUUCUGGAUGAAGUGGAGAGGAGGCGUGGAAUUUCUGCUGCCCUGGUCUAUCCAUUCAUGAGAAGUUUAAUGGAGUCUCCCUUCCCUGCACCAGGAAGGACGAUACGAGUCAAGACCUUUCUACCAGGGGCUGGGAAUGAGGUUAUUGAACUUCGACGCCCCAUGGACUCACGAUUGGAACACGUAGACUUUGACUGUCUCUUUCGUUGUCUCAGCAUACGACAAAUUAUCAGGGUCUUUGCAUCUCUAUUGCUUGAGAGGCGGGUGAUAUUUAUCGCAGAUAAACUGAGCACUUUGUCCAGCUGUGCCCAUGCUGUGGUGGCUCUGCUGUACCCAUUCUCCUGGCAGCACACCUUUAUACCAGUACUUCCAUCCUCCAUGAUCGACAUUGUCUGUUGCCCAACACCCUUCCUGGUGGGAUUGCUCUCCAGUUCACUUUCUAAGCUGAAGGAACUUCCAGUAGAAGAGGCACUGAUGGUUGAUCUAGGGACAGAUCGCUUCCUCCGACAGAUGGAUGAUGAGGACUCGCUGAUACCACGGAAACUGCAGGCUGCCCUAGAGCAGGCUCUAGAGCAAAAGAAUGAACUAGUUACUCCAGAUUCAGACAGUGAAUCAGAUGAUGAGUGUAACACACUGAAUAAUCUGGUCUCAGAAGCCUUCAUUCGCUUCUUUGUGGAAACUGUCGGCCAUUAUUCUUUAUUUUUGACCCAAAAUGAGAGGAAUGAACGAAUAUUCCAAAGAGAAGCUUUCCGCAAGUCAGUCGCUUCUAAGAGUAUCCGAAGAUUUCUGGAGGUCUUCAUGGAGUCACAGAUGUUUGCUGGAUUCAUACAGGACAGGGAACUGCGAAAGUGCAGGGCAAAAGGCUUGUUUGAGCAGAGAGUUGAGCAAUAUUUGGAGGAGUUGCCAGACACAGAACAGAGUGGAGUGAACAAAUUUCUAAAAGGUCUUGGAAAUAAAAUGAAAUUCCUCCACAAGAAGAGUUAGUAGUAUUCAUAUUGUAUCUGUUCUCACAAGGACCACUGGACCUUGCACAAGUACUUUCUUAAACUCAUUUCCAUUUUGGAAAAAAUGGAUUAUACAUUCUUCAUGUUCACAAAAUCUUCAAAUUUAUUCAAAGACUGAAUUAUAAUAGUAUUGGAGAAGAAUCUGAAGCUGCAACAAGUACACUUAAUUAUGUUUAUCUUUGCAGAUUGGGUUGUAUAUUGUAAAUAUAUUACUGUUUUUAUUGGUAUUUUAUUGUCUGGAUUUAGCAGUCAUUGUACUGAAUAUCUGUAAAGAGUUGACUUUUUAACAUGUUUUGUGAUGCCAGAGUGACUUAUGACUUGGAGCAUGAAUGGUCCAACUGAGCAUGUGCAGAAGAUUAUUGUUUGUAAUGAGGGUUGGGGGAAAGCACAGAUUUUCUCAUUUACUAACAAUGUCAUUACUUUGCUGGUAUGGUUAUGGAGAAUGUGUGUGAUCCUAUCAACUGGGAAAUACCUGAACUAUAUGAAAAAAUGAAGUUCCAAUUUUACUUGUGCUGUAGCUGUAGAAUUCUGAUUGUAUCUCAUGUUUUUUCCCCCCGCAUUUUGCCAACAAAAUGUGAUCGAUCAAGUUACACUGAAAAUAUUUGGUACUUUUUUUGAUGUUGCUUGAAAAUGCAUAAGCUGCCAUAGAAAAGGCUGGUGAAUGAAUCACUGAAACCUUUCUGUAUGUAAUGCACUGCUGUCGCUGAGUGUAAUGAGAAUUGAGCAGAAGCCUUUGCGACGGCCAUUCUCAAAGAGCAUGAUUGGUUAAGCCUUGCCACAUUUCUAUGUACUGCUUUUUUAAAAAAAAUAAACACGUUUGGCAGA